AAACCCGGGAUGGGGGUGGGGUGGGAGAGCCUGGGGGACCCUGGGGACAGCAGGGACCCCUUGGGGACAGUGAGACCCCUUGGGGAUGGGCGUGGGGCCUUCGGGGACCCUGACUGGCCCUGCCAGGACCCAAUCUCCCCUCAGGACUCCGGUUUACCCUGCCAGGACCCCCUUCCCCCCUCAGGAUCCCGGUUCACCCUUUCAAACCCUCAUUUACCUCUCUAGGUCUCCCCGGACCGCAUUAACCCCUCCUUAAGAACCUCAGAACCUCAUGUAACCUUUCUAAAUCACAUUUCCCCUUCCAGGACCCCAUUUCCCCUUCCAGAACCCCAUUUCCCCUUCCAGAACUCCAUUUUCCCUUCCAGGACCCGAACCCCCCUAGCCCCGCCCACAUCUCCCAGACGCGCCCUCCCAUUGGCCGGGGGGAGGAGGGAUCCGGGAGCCGCCGCCUCUGAUUGGCUGAGGCGGGAGCGCGGGAAAGCGGCGGCGGGGGCUCCUUCCCGGCGUGCACUGCGCGGGGCAACUGGGAGAGACUGGGAGGGGAACUGGAAGAUCGCCGAUGGCCGAGCCCCGCCCGGGCCCUCCCAGUGCUCCCAGUGCCUCCCAGUGCUCCCAGUUGCCCCCUCCCAGCCUGGAGGGGCUCAUCCCCCCCUCCCACUUUGUGCUGCGCCCCAGGUCCCUGGGGGCGGAGCUUGAGGCAGAAAAGGGGCGUGUCCAUGAGUUGGAGGCGGAGCUGGAAGCGCUGAGGGGGCGGAGCCAAUGCCUGGAGGCGGAGCUUGAGGCAGAAAGGAGGCGGAGCAAACAGCUGGAGGCGGAGCUUGGAGCAGAAAAGGGGCGGGGCCAACGGCUGGAGGCGGAUCUUAAUGCAGAAAGGGGGCGGAGCCACGCACUGGGGGCGGAACUCGAUGCCCUGAGGGGGCGUGGCCAGCGGUUGGAGGCGGAGCUGGAUGCGGAAAAGGGGCGGAGCCAAAUCCUGGAGAUGGAGCUGGAGACCCUGAAGGGGCGGGGCCUUGGCCCAGAGGGGGCGGAGCCAAGCCCAGAGCAGGUGCUGCUGCACCGCUGGCGCCUGAAGGUUUUCCAGCUGCUGCUGCAGGCGAGGCUGCAACAGAGCCGGGAGCUGCAGCUUUUGGGGACAGCUGUGGGGUUGGGGACACCUUGGGGACAAUCUGGGGACACUCUGUGGCCGUUCUGUGUCCAGGCCCUGUCCCAGGAGCGGCUCCGGGCGGAGGCGGCCGAGGAGGAGCUGGGGAGGCUGGGCCGGGCCCUGAGCCGGCUGCUGGGGACACUGGGGGUGGCCCUGGCCGAUGUCACCGUGGCCGUCGGGGCCCUGGGGACCCUCAGUGAGCGCCUGGGACGGGCCCAGCACCGACUGCGGGCGCUGGUGGCCUCGGGGCGGCUCCGGUGGCAGCAGAGGCCGGAGGGGACAGCAGGGGACAGCAGCGCGGUGGCCCCGGAGGUGACAUCGGAGAAGGCGAGGGGGUGGCACCGAGGGGACCCCGGGGGUGGCUCUGUCCCCAGGGUGUCACCCCCGUGUCCCCCCCAGGCCACCAAGGGUGGGGACAGGACCCGGCCACGCCCAGGCGCAGCGCUGGUGGCCUCGGGGCGGCUCCGGUGGCAGCAGAGGCCGGAGGGGACAGCAGGGGACAGCAGCGCGGUGGCCCCGGAGGUGACAUCGGAGAAGGCGAGGGGGUGGCACCGAGGGGACCCCGGGGGUGGCUCUGUCCCCAGGGUGUCACCCCCGUGUCCCCCCCAGGCCACCAAGGGUGGGGACAGGACCCGGCCACGCCCAGGCGCAGCGCUGGUGGCCUCGGGGCGGCUCCGGUGGCAGCAGAGGCCGGAGGGGACAGCAGGGGACAGCAGCGCGGUGGCCCCGGAGGUGACAUCGGAGAAGGCGAGGGGGUGGCACCGAGGGGACACCGGGCGUGGCUCUGUCCCCAGGGUGUCACCCCCGUGUCCCCCCCAGGCCACCAAGGGUGGGGACAGGACCCGGCCACGCCCAGGCGCAGUGUCCCUGGCCCCAUUGGUGACGCAGCUCCAGGCCCUCGGUGCCGCCAUCCUCGGGGACAUUGGGGACAUCGGGGACCCUGCAGUGCCAGCGCCCCCCUGGGGACACCGGUGACAUCGGGGACACAGGUGACAUCACCAGGGAGCAGUGGCACCGAGGGGACAGAGGUGACGUCACUGUGGUGGUGACGUCACUGUGGUGAUGUCGAUGAUGUCACUGUGGUGGCGAUGACGUCAUGGCUCUGGCUCAGUGUCACUUCGUCCCCACCCAGCCCCCGAUGUCCCCAAAGCCACCAGGACCGUCCCACAGGGUCCCCAAAGAGUCCCUGAUGUCCCCAGGGAGGUCCCCAACCCCAAUCCCAAUGCGCUCCAGGUGUCCCCAAGGUGUCCUCAUGCGUCUCAGGAAUGUCCCCAACUCCCCAAAGGUGUCCCUGAGGUGUCCCCAACCCCUCCCAG